AUGCUUACUACAACCCGCCUCAACAAGCUGGUGUAUAUCCAAUUCAACUCCAAGCUGCUUAGUAAGAGAGAAAAGAUGAAGUCAAACAAAAUCACUGAGAUACUUCAGUCUAGUGAUACAACUGAAGCUCAAGGUUUUCUCCAAGAGGGUGGGGAUGAUUGUGCAUUAGCUGACUUUAGAGAUGGGGAGGAAGAUGAGAUGAAAGGUACCGGGAUACCUUGGUCUGUCAUUGGAGAGGCAGUGGGAGCAGAUGAACAGCUUGAGCUGCGUAGAAGUGCAAGAGUGAGGGAGCUCUAUGAAGGAGAAGAAUUUGAGUCUGAAGAAGAAGAGUAUGACGAUGAGGAUGUGAACUAUAGUGACGAAGAAAUAUGA